GCAUCAUUUCCCUUUCUCUUCUUUUUCUUCUUUUACUUUUUGUUUCUAAUAAGAACUGAUGAACUGAAAAAGAGAGGCGUUCAUUGAUUGUUGCAAGUUACCUUUGAAAUGGGGUCCUCUUCCGGUCUGCAAACCCUUUAUGCUGCAAAUCAUCUUUCUUUCUCGUUUCCGACAUUUUGUUCUCUUUCCAUCAGUCAAUGAUUGCUGUGUUUCCAACUAUUUGAUGUGCAUUUGAUAAAUUUAUUCAUAACCCAUUUACACAUUUUGAAGAGGUGAAGUUUUUGGUGGUGGUGGGAAAUGGCUGGGAUCUGUUGCGGGGUCGCGGGUGAGAGCGAUGGCUCGUGCGAGGAUAGCAGCAGAGCAGCGAGGAGGCGGAGAAUGGAGCUCCGCCGCGUGAGGAUUGAUCCUGGAGUAAAGCGACGCCGUUUGGAGCUCUGGGAUUACGAUAAGGCUCUGGAUAAUUGCAGUACAGAUAGUGAUGGGCAUGUGGGUUUGAGCCUUGAAGACGCGAGACAGUUGCAGCCAGUUUUAUUGAGUCCGAAACUUUCGAAUUCUUCCAGCCCCGAAGACGGCGGCGAUGUGCUCCCAAAAUUCGGCAUCGCCUCCGUCUGCGGACGGCGGCGAGACAUGGAAGACGCGGUCGCGGUUCACCCUUCAUUUUGCCGGAGAGAACACGAAACAGCCGCAGGCAUUCACUAUUUUGGAGUGUACGAUGGCCACGGUUGCUCCCACGUGGCUUCCAAGUGUAAGGAGAGAUUGCACGAGAUGGUGAAGGAAGAGCUGCUCGUAAAGGAGGAACAAGCCAGCCGAAAUAGCAAGGAUUGGUGGAAGUGUGUGAUGGAGCGAAGCUUCACUCGCAUGGACAAGGAAGUUGUUGCGUGGAACGAAAACCCUGUCGACAAUAUCACCGUCAGCUGCCGCUGCGAGCUACGGACGCCGGAGUGCGACGCCGUCGGCUCGACGGCUGUGGUCGCCGUCGUUACACCGCAAAACAUCGUCAUCGCCAAUUGCGGCGAUUCGAGGGCCGUGCUCUGCCGGAACGGCAAGGCCGUCCCUCUUUCCACCGAUCACAAACCAGACCGGCCGGAUGAGUUGAACCGGAUUCAAGCGGCGGGCGGCCGUGUGAUAUAUUGGGAGGGAGCUCGGGUUCUUGGUGUUCUCGCCAUGUCCAGAGCCAUUGGCGAUAAUUAUUUGAAGCCCUAUGUAAGUUGUGAACCAGAGGUCACGAUAACAGAGCGGACCGAAGAAGAUGAGUGCUUGAUUUUAGCGAGCGAUGGGUUAUGGGAUGUGGUGUCUAACGACACUGCAUGCGGCGUUGCACGAAUGUGCCUCAAGGGCAUGGCUGCACCUCCAUCACCAUCCUCCAUGGGAAACGAAGGAGGCGAGAGCUCGGAUGGGCCCUGCAGUGAUGCAUCGAUGCUACUUACAAAACUAGCUUUGGCCAGGAGAAGUGCUGACAAUGUGAGCGUGGUCGUAGUUGAUCUCAGGAAGGCCACAUGAAUCGGGACAUUUGCAUGUUAGUUUUACUUUGUUGUUUUUUAGCUUUAAUUUUUUUGUUCUUCCAUGGACGGACAAUGAAGGAAAGACUAGUCAUUUUCACUCUCCCCUCCUCCUCCUCGUAUUUGCGAAAUGGAAAUGGGUUGGAGCGCGCGGAAUUGGAAGAAGAGAUGGUUCUAUCUUACCGGGUUCUUCACGCCUGUAGAAGGCGUGUUAGUGGUUGAUGCUCUCUUUUUGGGGUGUUGGAAAAUAGUAAUCGAUAAUUUAUAAAUAAAUUCUGUAUAUAAUUAAAUAAUUAUGUCCACACAGAUAUUAAUCGUAUAGAUACAUAAUUGUGGAU